GGCUGUUAAAGACUGUAUGUGGUUAUUUGAACAAGAACAAGCACUCGGCUUCAGCAGUGUCUCAACAAACAUCAGAAUGACUGUAAUCAAACUUAAAUCGGGCGGUUUAUGGAUUCAUGCACCAAUUGCUCCAACUAAGGAGUGUAUCCAGCUUGUGAAAGAGUUGGGGUAUCCCGUGGAAUAUAUUGUGUUGCCUACAUUUGCAUAUGAGCACAAAAUAUUCGUUGGCCCAUUCUCGAGAAAGUUUCCUCGGGCUCAAGUAUGGGUAGCACCAAGGCAAUGGAGUUGGCCAUUAAAUCUGCCACUCGAGUUUUUUGGGAUAUUUGGCGCCAAGAUCUUAAACGAUGGAGAUCUUUCAACUCCGUGGGCUGAUGAGAUCGAACAGAAAGUUCUUAGUUCUCCAGAAGUUGGUAUUGGACCAUAUGUUGAGGUGGCGUUCUAUCAUAAGCGUUCAAGAACAUUAUUAGUGACAGAUGCUGUAAUAUUUGUUCCUAGGACUCCUCCCGAAUGUAUAAGCAAGGAGUCUCUGCUUGCAUCUGCAAAGAAUGGUUUGGCUGUCAAAAUCCUUAGUAAAGGGAAACAAGUGCCAGAAGAGCCCGUUGUUGACAACAAGAUGAAUCGCCAGAAAGGAUGGGAAAGGAUGGUUCUUCAGAUUCUGUUUCUAGGACCGUCGAAUCUUCUAGAGCCUAAUGCAAGUUUUGGUCAGGUGUCACAGAAACUUAUUGUUUCACCCAUCGUUAAGACAUUGGUAUUCAGCAAAGUUCCGGAAAAGAUUAUUCAUUUACAGUGUUGCUUAUGUGGCCUAACCAGGUUAAGGAUUGGGUCGAUGGCAUAGUGCGGGACUGGAAGUUCAAGAGAAUAAUCCCAGCUCAUUUUUCCGCACCAGUAAAUGCAAGCGGGUCUGAUUUGAUAGCAGCUUUUGCGUUUAUAGACAAGCUGCUUGGUGUUACGAGGCCACCAUCUAUCCCUAUUUUUUUCACAUCAUUGUUGGGUAGAGCAGCAAGCUAUUUUCCUGCAGAUGAUAUGAGGACUUUGUCAUCACUUGAUGACUUCUUAGUCUCUGUUGGAGCUGUUAAGAGAACUGUCUCUGGUCGGAAACAGUGACAGUGUUGUACAUUUUGGUGAUUCUUAUUAUGCAUAAAAAUGCAUAUGCUCAUUUUUUCAUGAAGCAUUUUGUUCACAUAUAAACCUGAAGUUCUGAUGAUAUAUAACGGUUUAUAACCCUUUUUCUAGUUGGUAGAGUCUGUUUGAUAACCCCUAUUUUUAGUUUAUCAGUCUUAUGAGUUAAUGUUUUAUCAAACACCUAAGUUUUGAUUCUGUGCGCUAAAUUGUCUAAUAUCAAAACAAGUAAGGUUGAAAUUA